ACCACUGAGGGAAUCAACCUUUUUUGCUGCAGGGAGGGCUUCUCUUCCCAGUCCGGCGACUAUGCUGCUUCUCAUUUUCCAACAAUGCAUGAAAAUCCUCACCCUGCCCAUCCACGUGCUUGCCUAUUUUGGAUUAUGGGACCCUAUUUGUAAAAAAACUUUCCCAUUUUUCAUGAAGAAGUUGAGCAAAGACUACAACGCAAGAAUGCACAAGGAAAAGGAGACGCUGUUCAAGAACCUGCGGGACUUCGCCGACGACUCGGGAAAGCUCCACCUGCUAGAGAUCGGCGUCGGCACCGGCACCAACUUUCAGUUUUAUCCACCCAACUCGCGCGUUACCUGCGUGGACUACAAUCCCAACUUUCAAAACGUCCUCCUGGAGAGCAUGGCUCAGAAUACGCACCUGCAGUUCGAGAAUUUUGUGGUCGGCUCUGCCGAGAACAUCUCUUCGGUACCGGACGGCUCUGUGGACGUGGUGGUGUGCACGCUGCUCCUUUGCUCUGUCAAGAACACCCAGGCUGUCCUGAAGGAGGUUCUGCGAGUGCUCAGACCGGGUGGUGCAUUCUAUUUCAUGGAACAUGUAGCAGCUGACAGAUCAACCUGGACCUACUUCUGGCAACAAGUCUGUAACCCUACCUGGAAAUAUGUGGGAGAUGGGUGCUCCUUGUUGAGAGAGACCUGGAAAGAUUUGGAGAACGCGGGGUUUUCUAAACUGAACUUGCAACACAUCAUAGGCCCAUUGUUCAUAAGUUUGGUUCGACCCCAUAUUUAUGGAUACGGUGUGAAGUAAUUGUUCAAUCUGGAGAAAAGCGUCUUUCAGAUUUCUGAGUUUAAGGAAUUAACACUCACAAUGCAUAUACUGCUAUAAGAAAAGGGUUUCCUCUAUUCUAUAUGAUUCAGAAUGGAGAAAGGUUCCUAAAAGUUCAGGCUGCACUAAGCCUAAAUGGUACCUUGGAUCAGGUUUGGAGGGAGGGCAAAUAAUAAAGAUAAAAAUUAAUAUAAAAGAAAAAAUCAAUCCAAAGACUAUUUGGGGGGGGAAGCCCACACCAUAUUGCUGUGGCAUCACUCAGUCCACCAUAUCAGCUGCUCAGGAAGCGAAGCAAGAGGAGUCUGUUUUGGGAUAUUACUCACAACCUGUGUGGAGUUCUCUAAUAACAAAGUGGUAAUGGCCAAAGCUCUCACUCAGGGGUGUCAAACUCGCUGCAUCACGUGACAUGCAACGACUUUUUCCCCCUUGCUGGAGCUGGGGUAGGCACAGCUUCCAUGUGACACAUCUGGCCCGUGGGCUGGCAGUUUGAUACCCCUGCUCUAACUUAAGCAGAAGUGGAGCAGAGACUCUUGCUUAAAUAGUACUUCAGGCAGAAGCUUUGAUGGCCUUUAGGCAGUGGUGGGAUUCAGCCAGUUCAGCAGAACAGGUAGUUAAUUGUUUGUUGCCCAGGCCGAGAAUGGACUGCCGGAAGUGGCAUCCACACAGUGAAGCGGUUGUUCACAUAUUUGAAUCCCACCACUGGGUAGAAGGUUACACUAACAUAAUUCCUGAAGAUCUCUCUUACCUUUCUCAGCUUCUUACUGCCUGUACUUAUAGAGUGGAUAAAACUGCAUAUAUUGACAUGGAAUUAGACUGAAAGCUAAGGCUUAGCAUUUAGAAACUGAUAAUGUUGUAUCAAAGCUUGCUAACUGCUGAAUUAUGUAUUAUUUCUUAGUUUUACUUAUCAUACUUUUCAUUUUCAAUAAAAAAGGGUUUGGGUUUUUUUUUCCCCUCUGGUGAA